GGGCGGCCUCCCGGGGACCCGCGGCGCCAUGGCGGGCGGCCACCGCCUCCUGCUGGAGAACGCGCGGCAGGUGGUGACGGUGUGCGCCCGCGGCGAGCGCUUCCUGGCGGGGGACGCGCUGCACAGCCUGGCGGUGCUGGAGGGCGCCAGCCUGGUGGUGGGCACGGAUGGGUUUAUAAAAGCCAUCGGUCCUGCUGACGCUAUCCAAAAACUGUUUUCUGAAGAAACGUUCGAAGAAAGAAUCGACUGUUCUGGGAAAUGCAUCUUGCCAGGUUUGGUGGAUGCACACACACAUCCAGUAUGGGCUGGUGAAAGAGUUCACGAGUUUGCAAUGAAGCUGGCAGGUGCCACGUACAUGGAUAUCCACCAGGCUGGAGGAGGGAUCAACUUCACGGUGGAGCACACGCGCCAAGCCUCGGAGGAGGAGCUGUUCGGCUCCCUCCGGGGGCGGCUGCAGAGCAUGGUGCGCGCGGGGACCACGCUGGCGGAGUGCAAGAGCGGAUACGGCCUCGACCUGCAGACGGAGCUCAAGAUGCUGCGCGUGAUCGAGCGCGCCCGCCGGCAGCUGCCCAUCGGCAUCUCGGCCACGUACUGCGGGGCUCACUCGGUGCCAAAAGGAAAGACUGCUGUGGAAGCUGCUGAUGAAAUCAUCAAUAGCCACCUCCCAAAGCUGAUGGAGCUGGGUGCAAGUGGGGAAAUCCACGUGGACAACAUAGAUGUGUUCUGUGAGAAGGGCGUCUUCGAUCUCAAUUCCACCAGAAGGAUUCUUCAAAGUGGAAAAGAGAUGGGAUUACAGAUUAACUUCCACGGGGAUGAACUCCACCCAAUGAAGGCUGCUGAGCUCGGGGCUGAGCUGGGAGCCCUGGCGGUCAGUCACCUGGAAGAAGCUAGCGACGAAGGCAUCGCUGCCAUGGCAACGGCCAGGUGCUCGGCCAUCCUCCUGCCCACCACGGCCUACAUGCUGAGACUGAAGCAACCUCGCGCUAGGAAGAUGUUAGAUGAAGGAGUCAUAGUUGCUCUGGGCAGCGAUUUCAACCCUAACGCAUAUUGCUUUUCAAUGCCAGUGGUCAUGCACCUGGCCUGUGUGAACAUGAGAAUGUCCAUGCCUGAAGCCUUGGCGGCUGCCACCAUCAAUGCAGCUUAUGCUCUGGGAAAAUCUCACACACACGGAUCCCUGGAAGUGGGCAAACAGGGAGAUCUCAUUGUCAUCAAUGCGGCCAGAUGGGAGCAUUUGAUUUACCAGUUUGGAGGCCAUCAUGAAUUAAUUGAAUAUGUUGUAGCUAAAGGAAAAGUCAUCUAUAAAAAUGAAAGAUCUGAAAGAAAAUAGAAGACUCUGCGACAGUAUAAGUCAACGCAGUUGCAGUAAAAGUUAAAACACUCUAGUGAUUUACCAAUGUGAUGUCACUUAAAUAUAUUUCAGUACUUUGUUAAUCCACUUGAAAAAAAAUCAAGUCAUUAAUUUCUUUUAACAUGUGCACCUGGACAUAUUAACAGGUAAAUCAAAUGGAUCAUGAUCUUAGAACAUUACAUCACUUCACAGAGAUUUGUUACAAAUAUUUUGGAGAUUAAUAUGAUAGAGUAUCAUCGAAAUGCCUUCAUUGGGGAAAAGCAGAUUGGCAGUUAGGUAGACAUGGCUUGAAAUUGCCAUUUUGUUUCUGCUUUUCAAAUUUCAGUCUUUAAACUACAUUUUGUGAAAAUUAGGGGAUGGUGAGAAAUCCAAGUGAUAUGUCCCAAACUAAGCAAAUGUAGCCUUCUAUGAUAAGCAGCUAGAUUGUCCUUUCCCCACACAUUGUUUCUCUAAAAGCUCUUUGAAUGCAUGAGUGUCCCCUGAGAGAGGAUGUCCUUCUAUUCCUAAUCUCUUCUCUGCUCUAACAAUAGAGCUUCACAGCACAGUUCAAGACUCAUCAUUUUACAUGUAGGUAUAGGGGCCUUCCUAGAAUGGAUGCAUUUGGACCAAAUCCAAUAAUGUAAUUUUCAAAAAUCAUUUUUAAUUUUUUGAUUAUUCACAUUACAAAUAAAAACAAAAUUUUUAUAGUUCUUAAUAAA